CUGGCUCGGCUCCCCAGCGGGUCACUACGGAGUGGGGGCGGUGCAGUCCGAGCGCCCGGUGGGGGCGGGGGGUAUAUGGCGGCGGCUCUGUCCGCCCUGGCUGCUAGGCUCUCGCAAUCGGCCGCCGCCAGGUCCUACGGAGUCUUCUGCAAGGGGCUGACCAGGUCCCUCCUCCUCUUCUUCGACUUGGCCUGGAAGCUCCGGAUCAACUUCCCCUAUCUCUACAUCGUGGCCUCCAUGAUGCUCAACGUCAGGCUGCAGGUUCAUAUUGAGAUCCAUUGACUUGUGACUUGCUGUGCUUGUCUGUGCUGCAACUAGGGUUAAUAAUAUUCUGUAUUACUGUUUAACAAAAUGCAAAGUUUGAAGGACAGAAGAGCUAUGAUUGUCUCCCAUAUGAAUAUGGAGGAGGAAGACGUUUUAAACCAUGAACAUUUAAGUGAAAGUGGCCCAAAUAGCCAAAAUGAGAUCCUUCACCUUCCAGACGUAUGUUCCUUG